UUAAGUAUAUAAUAUAAUGAUAAAAUAUUACAUAAUAUAUUUAAACUUUGGAUGUAGUAUGAAACUAAUGCAACUGACGUCAUGAAAUCUUGGUAAACUUGUGAGCUUAGAAUCUUUACACAUUGAUCAAGUAUAGAGGAUAUUCUGUUUAAGUUUGAAUGGAUUAGAUAAAAAGAAACAAUCGAAAUUUACCGGAUUUUAACCUGAUUUAAGUGACCGAUAACCAUGGACUUCUUUCACAUAAACACCUACAACUUAUUCGGUUAAUAUCGCUAGAAAAGUGACGAAAAUUCCUGUUAUAACAGGGGUCAAAGGUUCAUGAGCACUCAACAUGCGCUUCUUACUAGGGUAUUCUUCAAAACCCUUUAUUCUUGCUUUAGUGAUAUGUGUGACUUACACUUUUUCAUAUCUUUUGAAAACCAUGUACGUAUCGUUGUUCCAUAAUCACGUCAAGGUCAAAGGUAACCCUCUUUUUCAAGACCUAGUAAUAGCGGGAUUAAAUAGAGUGUUUGAAGAUAUAAAAUAUGACAAUGAUAGGGAGAAGGAAAUAAAUCAAACAGACGACAAUUUCUGGGGAAUACCGCCAGAGUUACAGCUGUAUUCGAAUCGAACUGUGACGAAAAGGAGAACACAAAUCCAGAUUAACAUUAAACGAAAAUAUUUUUUACGCGAUUUUAGGGUUGACGACGUGAAUUGUCUUGAAUUAAUUAACAGAACCAGAGAGGAGGUGAAGAGAGCCAAAUCUAUUAAAAGAGCGAGGUUGAAGGAUGCAGACUAUAUAGAAAUGACGAAAAACUGUCCUACUUUUAUUAAAGACAGAGGCUAUAUAAUGCACUAUUUAACUAAAGAAGAAGAGUCCUUUCCCAUAGCAUACAGCAUUUUAAUGUAUCAAAAUGUUGAACAAUUUGAACGACUUUUACGGGCAAUCUAUAGACCACAAAAUAUUUAUUGUAUUCACGUUGAUUUUAAAUCUCGCGAGACUAUACAUAACGCUGUGUCAGGAAUUGCAAGCUGUUUUGACAAUGUAUUUCUGUUAAGAACUAGAGUCAGUGUAAAAUUAGGCGGCAUGUCCGUCCUGGAGCCGGAUCUUAAAUGUAUGAACGAGUUGUGGAGCAGAAGUAAAACGUGGAAAUAUUUUAUCAACUUGACAGGGCAGGAGUUUCCAUUAAGGACAAACUACGAACUUGUUAAAAUUCUAAAAGCAUACAACGGUUCCAACGACGUGGCUGCGACUAUACAAAAAGACACAGAGAGGUGUGACAAACCACGUGCAGUGGCUCCACCCCAUGGAAUUCACGUGACAAGAGGGUUCGUGCACGUUGCUGUUAACAGAGAUUUCGUAGAUUUCACCUUACACGAUGAAAGGGCACAGCACAUUUUAACAUGGAUGAACAGAUCCUGCUAUGUCCCGGAUGAGGCAUAUUUCUCAACCCUUAACCAUAAUCCCCAUUUUGGGGUCAAAGGGUCAUUUAAAGGACAUCCAGAAACGUCUCGGAAUAGAAGGAAACCUUAUAUAGCACGUUUCAAAAACGUAGUUGAAUCUGAAGUUUACGGCUGGAAAUGUCACGGAAGAGAGAUUAACGGGCUGUGCGUUUUUGGUACAGCUGACGUUCGCAUGUUAUCCGUAAGGAAAGAACUUUUUGCUCACAGAUUUCAUUUAGAUUACCAACCGGUAGCUUAUGAAUGCAUGGAAGAACUAAUAUAUAACCGUACACGUGAUGAAUUCAUGGGAACGCUAGCGUUCAACGCUAGUUUUUAUUCAACGUUAGGUUUUGUGUUAGGGCAAGGAUAACGAAUGAAAAAAAACUAAGUUUUGAAUUAUGGGGAACGCUGUACGGCUGCCGGUUGACAAAGAACGCUAGCGUUCAACGCUUGAAAUUAAAAAUAUGUAUAAUGAAUGUUAUGUUCUUGUAAUACAUGCAUAGAAUAUAAAUAAAAAGUGACAA